AAUCUUAAUCCUAUCUACGUUUCCAUUUUAGUAGUAUAUUUUUCACUAAAUCGAACUAGUUUCAUUAGAGUUAGUUCUACCAGUUGCUUUGGUUUGGUUAUUCAUAUGGUUCUGUCUUGUGCCUAGUCUAACUCAUAUGUAGGCUUCUCACUAGUUUAUCAACAGCGUUUAUCAUGUUCUUCUUACUCAAAUUCCUCAACCCACUUUGCUGAUUCUCUACUGUUUAUCGCUAUUAGAGCAUUGAAGAACAUCUUGGAGUAGCUCUCACAAAGUUGGGCGACUAAAGGUAAAAAAAAAUGGAUGAAAUUGAAAAUGAGAGUUACUCACCCUCUACCUUAGAUCUACCCAUUGACCUCGAAAUUGAAACUACUGAUAUUGAAACUGAAAAGGGGAAAAAUAGGAUAAAACGGAAAGUUAGGCUACAAUCAGAUGUUUGGAAACACUUUACUAUGAUUGAAGGGGGUGAUCCAAUGGAUCCUAGGGCUGCAUGUAAUUACUGUGGGAAAGGUUAUGCUGCUGACCAUAGGAAACAUGGCACUAGUAGUAGUGGCUUGUGGAAUCACUACAACCAUCAUUGUGUACAAAAUUCAAAUAAGGGAGAUGGAAGUGAAGAGAAAGAAUUUGAACCAAAGAAAGAAGAGGGUGAUUUGGUUGACAUGCCAUUGACUGAAGAAGCUUGCAGGCAUGCUGUUGCGCAGUACAUAGCAUCAGAGAAGUUGCCAUAUAGUAUUGUAGAGGGUCAGGGAUUUAGGCAGUUCAUUCAGACUUUCUUACCCAAUUUUGAGUUCUCUAGCGCCACAGUUGCUAGAGAUAUUUGCCAGUUGCAUUUGGACAAGGGGGAAAAUAAGAAAGAUUCUGAAGAAUGAAAGGGAUUCCACUUAAAAAUACCACAUGUAUUUUAAUUAAAAAUGUUAUUUUACAUGUGUAUCAUUUCAUACUGGCUAGAUAGUGAAUGCAAGUUGCAGAAGAUGAUUAUUAUUCUCUCUAUUGCUUUUUUAUUUUUUAUUUUCCA